AAAUUAUCUUUGUUUUGGCCUGUGUGUGUGUGUUUGUGUGUGUGUGUGUGUGUGUUUUGUAUACAUUUAAUAAAAAUAUGUUUUUAAAGAGAACUAGAAACAUAUGAAACCAGCAGGGUUCAGGCGUCUUUUCUCUGGAAUGUAUUUGUUCUGCCAUUUUCCCUGAAGAGUGCCACAGUUGGACCCAAACUCCCACUGCCAUAAAAAAAAUAAACGACGGGCAUUGAGUGCAUUCAGAACUGCAUGGACUUCGGAAUGGCUGAGAGUUGAUCGGUUCUGUUUUUAUGACAUAUUCUAAAACACAAAGAAGCAAAAGACUGGUACAAGUAAGAUUUUUGCAUUAUUUUUUUUUUAUUUUGGGGUCAUUUCCUGUUACUUUAGUAGAGCUAAAUUAAAACGAAGAGAUUUUCUAAUUAAUUUAAUUUAUACAUUUGCAGAACUUUUUGUUUACCUUAACAGUAACCACAAAAAUUCUGUACUACCUUCAAAUUAAUCUCCUUAAAUAAACUCCAAUAUUUAAAAAAGGAAAUUCAAUUUGCAACUAAAAUAAAGUCUUGUAGUAAUAAGACUAAUUGUCACUUUCACUCUGUUGUUAAAGGCAAUGCAAUUUGCUGAGAUUUUACAGAAGUUUCCCUUGAGCUACUAUUUCUAGAUAUUUCUUGGCGCCGUCAUACAAUUUCCACUUAUGUGCUCUGUAUCUAAUGUUCUGUCGCAUAGUCAACAGGGUUCCAAGAAAUGUGUUGAGGACUUGAGAGAAAUCAAAAGUGAAGACACCAAGAACUUGUUCUCAUCUAAUGCUGCAACCUGCCUGGAGCACCAAGAAGUACAAGGCGUUCGGCGCUCAGAGACAUGGUUACGGUAAUGAAGACCAAAACCAGCCCCGUAUAUCGGUAUGUAAGGAGACAGAUAAUCGGUGGAAAAAUUGAUCUCCUUCAUCUACUGCCUGAGCUACGAUCCCCAUCUGAUAAAAUCAGACCAAAAAUGAUCAAUCAGAACCAGGAGGCGGGUCUUAGCGCUGUCAAUAAACCUCAUGCAGCUGCUAAAUGUACUAAUGGUGGAGAAACAACUUACCGUUACUGGGAAACCUUUCAUUGGUGGGUAUACUAACUAGACUGAGCAUUCACAACAGUAUCUGGAGGCGGGGUGAGCAGCACCACAAGAGAUUGUGACUGACAGCACUAAGUCCUGCCUCCUGGUUGCUUCUAGUUAGCACUGGGAUAAGAUUAUCUGUCUCAUCCCAUACCGUCACCACAUAGCAACAGGUUCUGAAACAAUGAUAAAAAAAAUAAAAUAUGCACAGUAAUUAAACUAAAAAGAUUGCGGUUGUUAAUGUAUAAUUUUAUGGUAUAAAUCAAAUAUGUGGUGUUAUUUCAGAAAUGCCCCUCCUCCCUCCCUGCUAAACAGUGGCACUAAUCGCUCUCCAUAUAUUCCAGGAAAUGGUCGCAUCCAGAGGAUGCGCCGACUCCAGAGGCGUGGAUUCCCAGCUCCAGUGUCUUCUUAAGGCUACAUCUGCUCGUUGCCUUUAACUCCGCCGAACCCCGCGGUGCAGGGAAAUGUAGCGCUGGCUCUCUGUUUUGUCGGCGCAUUAAAAAAAAUGAGCCGUCUAGAUGGUUCUAAUAAUAGCCGCUCUUAUUUUUACCCCACCGCCGCCUUAUUGCAUUAUGGAUGCCUCUGGAACGGUGUCCCUUCGAGGUAGCGUGGGAAUAUCUCAGUAGAGAGGCUGCUCCAGCAUCCAUUCCUGUGUAGCUGUGGGAGCAUCUCGUCUUCCGGAGGCUGGCUGCAGGCUCCUGUGCGAGGGGAUGCGUUUCUUCUUUCUCCUCUGCACGCCGGGUUUGACUCCAGAGGAGCGGUAGGCGAUGCGGGAGUACAAGGUGGUGGUGCUGGGCAGCGGCGGGGUGGGCAAGUCCGCGCUGACUGUCCAGUUCGUCACCGGGACGUUCAUAGAGAAGUACGACCCGACCAUUGAAGAUUUCUACAGGAAGGAGAUCGAGGUGGACUCGUCUCCGUCGGUGCUGGAGAUCCUGGACACGGCGGGGACCGAGCAGUUCGCCUCCAUGAGGGACCUUUACAUCAGAAACGGCCAGGGCUUCAUCUUGGUCUACAGUCUGGUGAACCAGCAAAGUUUUCAGGACAUCAAGCCCAUGAGGGACCAGAUCAUCAGGGUCAAGAGGUACCAGCAGGUGCCGGUGGUGCUGGUGGGUAACAAGGUGGACCUGGAGGACGAGAGGGAAGUGUCCCCCAGCGAGGGCCAGGCGCUGGCCGAGGACUGGGGCUGCCCCUUCAUGGAGACGUCGGCCAAAAGCAAGACGAUGGUGGAUGAGCUGUUCGCCGAGAUCGUCAGGCAGAUGGACUUUUGCCCUCUGCCCGACCGGAGGGAAACCUGCUGCCCUGCCUGUAGCAUUCAGUAGCAGCCUGAAGGAGGGGUGGUGGAUGGGGAGGGCAAGAGUAGUCAUUAGCGUGCAAAUGUAUUCAUGUUAGAUGGUUUAAAUGGAGAGCUGGAGGAAAUAUGCGAUAUUCCUGCGAGUUUCGGCCUUCGCUCUCGAAAAGCAUUGUGGGACAAUGUAGGAAAAUGCUCUCCGAAGCAGUUUGGGGUGAGUUCGAUUCAAGCAUUCAUUGGCUCUCAGACGAAAACUGGAUUUUCACUUGAACAACAAAGCAACACUCAACCUCCAGCGUCUCCAUCAGCGUCUGGUUGAUUCAUUCGGAGUGAAAUUCUGGGGUUUCCCUAAAGCACCGCGGUGCCAAAGCCAUCAACAAAGAGGAUUGUAGCGCUAAAUGCUAUUUGGGAAAGCAGCCAUAGGUUAAAGCAGUUAUGGCAGUGUGCUCAGUAGUUUCUACUGACCUCUCUUCCUCCUUUUGCGUUAAGUCUCUUUUGCACUUUCAGGACAUAUCAGGCAGUGCAAGACCUUUCACCAAUUUAAAAGAUAAGUAACACCACUGUGAUGAGUUCAUUUCACAGCAGGACCCGCCUAACCUAACCAAGAAUGAAUGAAAAGAUGCAAGAAUGUCUUUAAAAAAAGGAGAACCGCACCUUUGGGGGAAGCUCAUGCAGAAGAUCCUAAAUGCUGACCUACUGUGGAUGACGUGUGCAUGAAGCUGUGCUGUCACACUGACACUGAGUACAAUCAGUCUCGUCCAAAGAGGCAGUAUCAGUCAGUCAAACGUGUCGUUGAAACAUUCGGGUACUUGUCUUUUCACACUUCGGAUGAUGCAGAUGUUAUAAUACGUGUAUAAGGGAAGCAGAAGUGUCAGCGUGUAGCUCGUCUGUCUAGGUCACAUCAGAUAUGUUAGUGGUUUGAUGUCAGAAACACUUAUUUUUAACAAAAAUAAAACUUUAUGCACAAGU